AUGAAAGCCUUCUUGUUUAUUUAUCUCAAACUACUACUAUUACUGCUGAUAAUAGUCGGUAGAAUUGUUAAAGUGGAAUAUUUACAUUUGGUAGUGGAAGUGGAACCCUCCACAACAACCGAGCUGUGUGUACCAAAUGAUAUAAAUGAAUACCUAGGACCAUUCUAUCUAAACAGAACAUUUGCUGAAUUGAUGUUGAAAGAACACAACAUCAAGAGGAAACUUCAUCAAAGUUGUCCACUCAAAUGGUCUUCAGAACUUUUCAACUAUGCGUAUCAAUUUGCAGCUGAAUAUUCUUGUUCAGGAACAUUACAACAUUCUGGUGGUAAAUAUGGGGAAAAUUUAGCUUUUGGUUAUCUGCCCAUAGGAGCUAUAGAAGCCUGGUAUGAUGAAGGAGAUGCUUAUGUAUAUGGUUCUGAAAAUGUGUAUAACCAUUUCACUGCACUUGUGUGGAACAAUACCAAUUCUCUUGGUUGUGCUUACAAAUCUUGUGGUGCUAAUACUAGUUUGAAUGCAUUAUAUAUUGUGUGUUCAUAUUACCCUCCAGGAAAUGUUAUUGGGUAUUCAACGCAAAAUGUGUUCCCAUUAAAUUCAAAGAUGGUCAACUAA